AUGGAGCGGAGGAACCAGAGUGGGAGAGUAAGUGAGUUUGUGUUGCUGGGUUUCCCAGCUCCUCCGCCAUUGCGGGCCCUGUUGUUUGCCCUUUCUCUCUUGGCCUAUGUGUUGGUUCUGACUGAGAAUACACUCAUCAUCCUGGCCAUUAGGAACCACCCCACACUCCACAAACCCAUGUACUUCUUUCUGGCCAAUAUGUCCUUUCUGGAAAUCUGGUAUGUUACUGUCACUAUUCCCAAGAUGCUAGCUGGCUUUGUUGGGCCAAAACAAGGUCGUGGGCAGCUAAUCUCCUUUGAGGGCUUCAUGACACAGCUCUACUUUUUCCUGGGCCUGGCCUGCACUGAAUGUGUCCUUCUUGCCGUCAUGGCCUAUGACCGCUACGUGGCCAUCUGCCAUCCUCUGCACUACCCUGUCAUGGUCAGUGGCCAACUAUGUGUACAACUAGCAGCUGGCUCCUGGGCUGGAGGUUUUGGCAUCUCCAUGGUCAAAGUUUUUCUCAUUUCUCGCCUGUCUUACUGUGGCCCCAACGUCAUUAACCAUUUUUUCUGUGAUGUGUCUCCGUUGCUCAAUCUUUCCUGCACCGACAUGUCCAUAGCAGAGCUUACAGACUUCAUCCUGGCCAUUUUUAUCCUGCUGGGCCCACUCUCUGUCACUGGGGCCUCCUACAUGGCCAUCGCUGGUGCCGUGAUGCGCAUCCCCUCCACUGCUGGACGUUAUAAAGCUUUUUCCACUUGUGCCUCUCACCUCACUGUUCUGAUCAUCUUCUAUGCAGCCAGUAUCUUCAUCUACGCCCGGCCAAAGGCACUUUCAGCUUUUGACACCAACAAGUUGGUUUCUGUCCUCUAUGCUGUCAUUGUCCCAUUACUCAACCCUAUCAUUUACUGCUUGCGAAAUCAAGAGGUCAAGAGAGCCCUAUGUCAUACUCUGCACCUGCACCAAGACCGGGACUCUAAGCCUGGGAAAGCUGGCCAAGGUGGCUAG